UUUUUCCACGGCGUUAGCGGCGAGUGAAGCCCAAACAGUGAUGGCAGCUGACAGCUUGAAAUGCUAAAGCGAAAACAGCUACAUUUUUGGGCGAUUUGACCUUUCUCUUUUUAAGUAGUUAUAUACCACAAAAACGGGCAAAAAUGUUAAUAACUUUCAGAACCCUGCAGCAGCAAACCUUCAAAGUCGAGAUCGAUGAAAAGGAGUCGGUUAAAGCCUUAAAAGAAAAGAUUGAACAAGAAAAAGGGAAGGACUUCCCUGUGGCUGGGCAGAAAUUAAUAUACGCAGGUAGAAUCCUGACAGAUGACAUGCCACUUACAGAAUGCAAGAUUGAUGAGAAGAACUUUGUAGUUAUCAUGGUGACAAAGCCUAAGGCAGUGACCUCAGAUCCAAAGUCUUCCACAUCUCCCCCUGCAGCAACAGCUCCAGAACCUCCUGCUCCAUCAUCCUCACCCUCUGACAGUUCUAAUGACACAAAAUCAGAGGAGAAAGAGCCUUCAUCUGGAGAUACUAGUUCAUCACCUGAAAGUAGCGCUGAGUCGUCAAGCACAAGCCUAAUUAAUGAAGCAGUUUCAUCUUUGGUGACGGGUCCCUCUUAUGACGCUAUGGUGACAGAGAUGAUGUUAAUGGGUUAUGAAAGGGAGCAGGUGGUAGCAGCUUUAAGAGCCAGCUUUAACAACCCAGACCGAGCUGUGGAGUACCUUCUCACAGGUAUUCCAGGCAUCGACCAGGGACAGGGAACGGCACCUGAAGCUGCUUUACCGUCAGUAAGAAGAGACGCUGUACCUCCAAGUGCUCCUGCUAACACUGUCUCGUCCCCAAGUGCUGCAGGAGGCAAUCCACUGGACUUCCUUCGAAACCAGCCCCAGUUCCAAACUAUGCGACAGCUGAUACAGGGAAAUGCAUCUUUGCUUCCAGCUCUUCUGCAGGAAAUAGGCAGAGAAAACCCUGAUCUUUUGCAGGAGAUCAGCAACCACCAACAGGAAUUUAUCCAAAUGUUGAAUGAACCUAACCCAGGGUCAGUGCCAGCUGCAGGUGCUGGAGGUGGGUCUGUGAGAGGCGGCAGUACAGGUGGACAGAACUACAUUCAGAUCACACCACAGGAGAAGGAAGCCAUUGAGAGACUAAAAGCCCUUGGAUUUCCAGAGGGUCUUGUUGUUCAAGCCUACUUCGCUUGUGAGAAGAAUGAAAACUUGGCCGCAAAUUUCCUUUUACAACAGAAUUUUGAUGAAGAUUGAGAAGCCACAUAAACUGUUUAUAUCUGGUUUGAUUGUUCAAUUGGGAAAACUGAUUAUAUGUCUACAAUAGGCUUCAAUUAGUUAAAUGUUUUAUUAACUUUCAUAUUCUGAUCUUGUAGCAUUCAAUGAGAUGUUUGUUUGGCAGUAUUCAAACUUUAUGAAUUAUUUUUGACGUUUACUUAUAAGAUGAACAAAAAUUAAAACUGCUUAUUGAUC